GGGGUUUGUAGAGGGGAGAGAGAGAGAAAGAAAGGGGGCAGUGGCACUCAGUGACAGAGUGCUAUACACAAUCGCAUGCACACACACACACACACACAGACACACACACGCACACUCUCUGUUUCCUCUGUGUCUCUUUCCAAACGUGUCAGUCAACCAGUCAGUUGAUUAUUUUUGUGUGUGUGCGUGUGGUGGGGGAAUGUUAAAAAGAGCUCGAAACCAUCCUUCAUCUCUAUGACCGACGACCCUUUCUUUUUAUACCAUCUUUCCUUCAGGACAAAAGAAACAGAGACAAGGACAACGGGACGUAAAGUUUCUCACAGAGGAGACUCGCCCAGCAGUCUACUUCCUGACACCAACGCUGCUGCUGUCUAUGAGCUGCACUGAGGCAGAGGAGUGGACUUUCCAACAAUCCUGACACACGGAACCACCCUGUUGAAGCUCCCGGCAGCAGCAGCAGCAGCAGCAGCAGUAGCAGACGCCAUGUCCUCUCCCUCCCUCCCCAUGCCCCCUCUCCCCCCCAGCCCUCUAGCCAUGGAGUACCUAAACGACUUUGACCUCCUCAAGUUUGAGGUGAAAUCUGACACUCCUCCGCUCGCUCCACCAUGUGUGUAUCCCAAAUCUGGCCUCCCCCAAGACCCCUCCAGCUCUCCGUACACCAGCCACCCUCCCCAGGACUCCAGUUUGAGCUCCAGCCCUUACAACUCCCUGCCGCCCUCGCCGACGCUCAGCGACGCCCACCCACCGCCUUCGGGCUCUUCCUCCCUCUCUUCGUCAUCCUCCUCCAUCUCCUUCCCUCUCUCCAUCUCCAACAGCUUCACCUCCGGCAUCAGCUCCGGCUCUCAGGGGAACGUGGAAGGCAGCCCGUCCCACGGCGGGCCUCAGGGUCCCACCCCGGCCUCGCUGGAGGACCUCAUCUGGCUGGCAGCGCUGCAGCAACAGUUUGGAGGGGAGGUGACAGGGCCAGCCACUUUGCUGGGAGCCCUGGGAGGAGUGCCAGAGAGAGGGGACAGAGAGAAGGGGCCCACCAAUGGCUUUCCGGGCUGUGAGGAUGCUGUGGAGGCUUUAUUGAACUCAGCUGCUGCAGCUGUCAACUCACAGUUUCCAGGUCUUUCUCAGAGUUCGAGCAGCAACCUGGGAGACUCCAGCAGCGACAGCGGAGCUGACAUCUCCUGCCCCAAAGGGACAGACAUGUGCCAUCGCCCGCUCGUCUUCCUCUCAUCGGCCCCUUCCUCGCUCCCCAACGCCGCCGCUUCCUCAGCUCCCUACCCACAACCCCUCAGUCCCCAGGGCCGCCUUCAUCACCACCAGCAUCACCAUCAUCAGCACCACCCGCACCACCCCAUGCAUGGCAGCCAUCACCAUCAUCACCACCCGCAGAUGAGUCAGUGCGGGGUGAAUGACCGCUUCUCUGAUGAGCAGCUGGUGAGCCUGUCAGUGCGGGAGCUGAACCGACACCUGCGGGGAGUGAGUAAGGAUGAGGUGGUGCGCUUGAAGCAGAAACGCCGCACGCUCAAGAACCGCGGCUAUGCCCAGUCCUGCCGCUACAAGCGCCUACAGCAUCGCCACGCUCUGGAGUCAGAGAAACAUGUGCUCACACAACAGUUGGAUCAGCUACAGUGUGAGCUGACUCGAGUGCUGAGGGAGAGAGACGCCUACAAGGCUCGCUACGAGAAGCUCCUCAGUACGAACCAUGGCAUCGGCGGCGACGCCCCACCGACCCGCACCAGCAACCCACCUUCCCCGCCCCCUGACUACUUCCUCUGAGUUGAACCCACAGGGAGAGGAAGAAAGAAAACAGGAAUGAGAAACCAGCCAAUGUGGAGCAAUCAAUCAAUGAUGAGUAAUCAGACUUGGAGAAGAAAACAAGGUUGUGUGUGUGUGUGUGUGUGUGUGUGUGUGUGUGUGUGUGUGUGUGUGUGUGUGUGUGUGUGUGUGUGUGUGUGUGUGUGGUGCGGCGUGUGUGUGUGUGUGUGUGUGGUGCGUGUGUGUGUUUGUGAGUGAAAGUGAACGAGAGACAUUGGCAGGCAGUUCUGGGGCGAUACAACUGUGAAAUCCACUCUUGAGUGAUUAAAGGGGAAUUGACUGCUAAUUCAUAGGGUUAGACUCUCAGCUCUAGGCUGCUUUGUGGACUGCUCUUACUUCACUGUGAAUGAUAGUUGCACAAAAAACUGUCUGAGAGUGCACCAGCGGAAAAAUAAGACUAUGAAAAAUGGAUCGGAAAAGCUUUAUCUUGCAUUAAAACGUAUCCAUAGUCCCUGACACUGCUGAACAUAUUAUCUAUGCAAUAUUAUAUAGCUGCAAUGUACUCUCCAAAUGAGUGUGAGGAUCAAACUGUAGUUGUGUGUGUGUUUUUUUUAUAAUACGCUGCUAAAGCUGCAGAGGUCUGAGUAGUGCAGUGGUGCUGGAUGUGGAGUGGUAUGGGCUUGGAUAAAGUAUCCACGGCAUGCAGUUGUAUUUGCCAGCUAACAUUUCACAGUUGCCUACCAAAGUGUUUAAGCUCACCAAGACUUGUUAUUCUUUGUAAGAUAAGAAUCCUAGAUUAAAGAAUGUACAAGGAUACCUUUCAUGGGGACCUUCCAGUGAUUGUGCUAUAUGAAUAGUGGGGAUAUUGCUCUUGUGUUUUACCAAAGAAAUCUACCUUUUGCUAGUUAGAAAUGGCGACUUUUAGCCAUUAACAGUGACAGGAAAGACUUGCCGUUUGCUCUCAAAAAUGUAUUUUUUUUUUUUUACAUACAGAGAGCUGGUAGUGUGCUGAACUAAAGCGACCGCAUAUGGUGAAAGAGAGGAAACAACCCAUCGCAGCAGGCAAAAAGAGUGUGGCAUGAUUUGUGUGGUUGUGUCCAGUUCUCCAGACAAGAGAGGCUAUUUUUGGGCAAAUUGAACACCUCUGUUACAGGGACGGUCACCAUAUUUAUGCAACAUGCAGCACCACAGAGCUGGUCACUGUGGACUCGGGUACUGUGGGCUACGGAUGCAACAGAAAAUUAACGGUGCAGGGAUUAAAAAUAAAUUAAAAAAAAUCUCUUCGCAGAGACACCUUCUUAACUGUCCCAUGGAAUCUUUGCCAGGGUUCAUGCAUUAGAGCUAUUUAUUUUGUUUGGGUGUAGGUUCAAUAAAUUGUUUAUUUAUUCACUUAUUUAUUCAGUAUUUAUUGUUUAUUUAUGUACUGAUUCUAAUUAUUUUACUUUACUGGUUUUAUUCCAUUAGCGUGUAUUUUUACUUUCCUACAGUUCAUUAUUUUACCCAUUUGUGAUUAGAAUUAACAUUAUUACAAAUACGAUGGCCAUUAUCAUGGUUUCUUGCUCCUGUUGUAGUGUGGUUUCAUAUGCACAUGAAAUAAACAAAGUACUUUACCGUC